UGUGCCCACCGCAGGCCUGAGGCGCAGCCUCCCCCGGCAGGCCUCCGCAGGGCUGCCUGCAUUUUCCGGUGGGGAUGGCACGGGGUUUUUUAUUAUUGUUGUUGUUUCUUUUCCCCCUUCUCCUGCCUUUCAAACGGGGACACGAUCAGCCCGUCUGCGCUGAGGCCCUGGUCUUGCCCUUCUCCCACUUCUGCCCCACCGCCCCGGGCACUGCCGAAACACCCGCCUCCCGUGUCAGGGGAGACCUGGGCAGGAUCGCCGCGUCCCGGGGCUUUUCUGGCUUUGAAGGACUUUCUCUUUUGCCUUGCCCAGGCCUGUGGGGAAUUCUAACAGUUCUAUAGUUUGCGGUGGGGCGGGGCCAAUACAUGUCUAAGGAGGUGGCUGGUAGGAGAAAUGACAUGGAAAAGGGGAUGGAUACUGUUCAGCGUUAUUUGCGUAGGUUAAAGAUGUAGUAUGUACAGCUUAGCUGAGUUAAUAUCUCUAGGACCUUAACUCUUGCAAACUUGAGAAUCAGAAGGCAACGUUAUAGUUGCAUUAAGAUAAAUAUUUGCUGUUUAUAAGCAUUUACUAUGGUGUAAGAGUAAUGUGUGACUUAUUAUUACACUGCAGAUACGUAGCUGCUCCCCACCAGAUUUGCAGUUAAUAUACCUAGGUGUAUCUUGAUUAACUGCUAGAAUCUGAACUCCUGUUACAUUGGGUUUAAGCAAAUGAGCAUCCCUGAUGGUCCUCCCCCUUUUCCCUAGAAAUAAAUACAGCUAUGCCUUAGAAGGCCUUAGGAAAAAUCUUUUUUCAACCCAUAUACCACUUUGUAAUAUCAUUUGUCCUGGUUAGCAUAAUGGUGUGUUACUGAUUAUGCCAGACAAAGUAGUAACCUACUUUUUCUUCUGGAUUUCAUCCGUAUUAGAAAUGUUAUAUGAAGUGAAUACAUGGGGGUUGGAACAAGGACCAUGCUUGUCUUGGGAUGCCUUUCUUUGAGUAAUGUAAACUUCCUUUUAAUUGUCAUGCAUUUUUCUAGUAAAAGCUCUGCAAGUCUGCAAUAAAAAUGGCCUCCAAUAAAACUACAUUGGAGCAGAGAUUAUCAGAUGCCAACCCCUCCUGGACCGUUAUAAUGAUGCAUUCAUGGAAAUCAAGUCCUGUAAAGCUUUGCUUGACAGUAAAAUAUGGACUUCUAAGGGCAGUUGGUUCCUGGUUGCCAUUCAACUAUUUUUUUGAAAGACAGAACUGAAAAAGUAUAGUGUAAAAUGCAUCUGAGGUUGAGGCAGGGAAGUAACCAAAAAUACACAUCUACAGCUCAAAAUUUGGAUAGCAGGAUAGCUGAUGUAUCACAGACUCAAAAGUACUCUUAAAUUUACUGAAAUUAUUACUGGUUGACCCAGAUGGAGGUAUAUUAAAAUAUUGUAUUAACUCCUGGCUUAGAAGUGCAAUGGAGGGCUUCCUUUGUAUUGUACGGUAACUAUUCUAAAAGAUUUCACCAAGGUGAAUGUCUGAACUUUGUGUUAGUAGUUGAUUGCCCACUUUUCCCUAAUUUGAGGAAGAGGAAGAGUUAGCCAGCCUGGGAAAGGGGUGCCUCAGGGAGAGGAAAGAAUCUAUGAACGCAAUAUUUUUAAUCUUUUGAUGUUGUUGAGCACUGUGCUGCACAGGUCAGGAAAAUCAGUUAUGGUUCCCAUGGGAACCAUAACUAAUUCUGUUUCAUUAUGUAUGUGCAUGCAAACCUAAAUGUAUUACGGGAUAGUGUAGCUCUGGAAUUGUGAUUCCAAUUUUGUUACCUAUUGUAUGUUAAAACCCUUCACCACAGUCUCGCAUCAGUGUUUUAAUCUUGACCCUCCAAGAAGGAGUGAUUAUCCACUGGAGAGCAUCUGCAUCUGUCAUACGUGACUUCCGAAUGCAGAAAGGGAAACGAGCCAUAGAUGAGCAUUUGGUGGUCAAACGCCUAAGUUGCAGCUUACAACAUGCAGCCCUAGAGAAGGGAGGAUCUAGGGGUCUAGUGGACAUUUAGUAUCCUUUCACUUCAGUCAGGUCCCACAUUCACUUGUGGGCCAACAUUUACAUUGGCUUGUGUAAUCUCAGGAUGUACAGGUUUUUAACAAAUGUUCGGUGUUUCUGCAGGCUCUGCAAUCAAGUGUUAUUUUAAUAGGUUGGAAAGGCUCAAGAGUUUGAGAAGCAGUGCUGAUGCACACAAGACCUAAUUAAAUCUCUAAUAUUUAAAACGGAAAGCAACAUAUUCUUGAUUUUUUUUAUAUCUUACUGGACUUCAAGAAAAAAAAUAUGGACCCCCAUGGCAAUCGUUUUUUUCUGUGAGAAAUUAUAUAGAUAAAUUUAAGUCUUAGAAAGUUAAAAGAAUAAAAUGUUGCUUUGAUACAGAAAUCCAAAAUAUUUAUCUUUAAGUGACAAGAAUUAGUGAAGCCGAAAAGAGUACCAGAAAACAAUCUGCCAUUGAAUCAAAGAAUUUUAGUCCAACGGAGAACACAGAUGGAGAUGUUCCCCACUUGUAGCCUGCUUGCCUCAUCACCACACAAAAUGGGAAAGAAACAGAACGGCAAAGGUAAAAAAGUUGAAGAGGCAGAGCCUGAAGAAUUUGUUGUGGAGAAAGUCCUGGACAGACGUGUUGUAAAUGGAAAGGUGGAAUACUACUUGAAGUGGAAAGGAUUUACAGAUGCUGACAACACAUGGGAACCUGAAGAAAACUUAGAUUGUCCAGAGCUUAUCGAAGCUUUUCUGAACUCUCAAAAAGCUGGUAAAGAAAAAACAGAUGGUGCCAAAAGAAAAUCUUUGUCAGACAGUGAAUCUGAUGAUAGUAAAUCAAAGAAAAAGCGUGAUUCUGUUGAUAAACCAAGAGGGUUUGCAAGGGGUCUUGAUCCUGAGCGGAUAAUUGGGGCUACAGAUAGCAGUGGAGAGCUUAUGUUCCUCAUGAAAUGGAAAGACUCUGAUGAGGCAGAUCUGGUGCUGGCCAAAGAAGCUAAUGUGAAGUGUCCUCAGAUCGUAAUUGCUUUUUAUGAAGAGCGACUAACUUGGCAUUCAUGCCCAGAAGAUGAAGCACAAUAAUUGUUUGCAUUGCUUUUUUAUAUAUAUGAAUAUUAAAACCUGACAUUUGAUUUAUUAGCAAUGUGAGAAGCAUACAUUCUAACAAGAAUCAAAUUUGGUAUUUUUUUGAAGUAGUAUGUUUUGCAUCAAGAGCAAGGAAAUAAAAGCUUUCUGCAACUUGUUUCAUUUAUCACAAGAGAGCAUUUGAUACUACUACUUCCUCCAUAUUAGGUAAAAGCUUUUAUAAAACAUACAUAAACUUCCAUAGUUAUUACAGAAUCAUAAUGAAUGUCUAAACAAACUCACAGAUGUUUUGUAGUCUUCUAUACUGUUGAUGUGCAUGUAUCUUCUUUACCCAAACCUAGCCCUUUAAAGCUGUAGAAUCAUUCUUUUUAGUAUUUGGGAACACUUGGUCGCGAGAAGACCAAGUGAAAACUAACUUUGUAGUAAUUUGAAUGUUAUCAGACUGUAUAUUGUUUAUUGUAAAUACUGGUGAACAGUGGUCAAUAAAAUAGUUUUAUAUUCUUCCUUUAUACUGAUAGGCUGUGACUCUUUUGAAGCGGUAUGAUAUUUCUGAACUUUUGAUAUGUUAAGCUCUCAAUUCGUAAUAUAUUUAACUGUAAGUUGUUUUUUUUGGAGGGUAGAUUGAUUAAUUGAUAUACCCCAUUGCUACUCUGUAAUCACAGUAUCAGACAAAUACCAGGCUUUGAUUCUUUGCAUUUUUCAGUGAACAUGCCUGAGGCAUAGUGAGGUUUUUUUUCAGUCAGAAAGGGCCUGUGUGAACUGCAUGUGCUUUGGAUACUUGUUUCAGUCACAGAUAGCAACCAUACUGCUUGGGUAUGGCUGCUAGUCACAAAGCCAAGUGGCCUCAGCCAGGGUACUAGGAAAUAUUUGACGUGUUGACAGUAUCAGCCUUUGCUUUAAUUACAGGUCUUAAUACAAGGCUAUAGUGUAAUUAGUGGUGGUUUGUAUGGAAUUAUUUUUCAGGCCAUCAUCUGAAGAAUACGUGCAUAGCCCUGCCUUUAAAGCGGAAUAUUUUAAUGAAGAUACUUAAGUCAUCUUCUAUAUACAAAAUACUUUGGUUUUAUUUCAGAGAUAAUUUUAAAAUUCUAUAAUCAGCUGCGUGGAGAAUGCCUUUAGAAGGGCAGAAGUAAGGAUGGGGAACUUGAGGAAUAAAGUUGCCUCUUUCUGUUCUUUUUCCAGCUGCCAUUCCUCUUUUCACUUACUGUCAUCUAGACACUUUGUGUUUUGACUACCAUAGUAUAGUUUGCCUUGAGCUGUGCCCGUUCCUAUGUUAACGGCCAAGCUGGUUUCAGAAUUCCCCUUAAUUUAGUCAUGACUGAACAAAAUAAUCCUGUAAUGGGCUACUGUCAGCCUCGUGGGUGAGAAAAGCAAGGUUGCCCAGCCAGCUUUUCUUAGAAGGUUAAAAUAAUGGAUAUUCCUGGAAACCUUCAUACAGUGUGUUGAGGAGUGAAUGAAGGAAUUUAGGCUGUGCUGCCAUGUUCUUUUGAUAUUGUUUCACAAGUCAUUACUAUAACUAAUUGUCCACACAUAGUUUCAAAAGGCAUUUACAUUCUGAAUCAAAACUUGACUUUGUAAAACAAUUAAAUACCACAGUGGCUAAACUUUUUAUGUGUAACUGCUUUGUCUUGUCAAGAUUUUUUACUGCUGGGUUUGGGCAAAAUUCAGUCACCGUCUAUUUGUGGAAAAUCUGAUAUAAAAAUCUGAUAACCCUGUUAGGGUGGGGGUUCCCUUGCACCAGGUAACGAUAAUUUCAGAGCUUAGCUGGCUUGUCUUACCUGUUCCUUAGAUUACCCUGACUUUGUGACGUGUAAGUCUUCUACAGAGUUCAUGGCUUAAUUUUUUGGGGCCUAUAAUAGGAAUAUUUAUACUCCUAGUAUAUAGGAUUCUGAAAUCCUUUCUUUUUUUACACAGUAGCUUCAGAAAUAUAUGGGCUAAACAAGAAUUCCAAAGCAGCUUUAGUUCUGCCUGUUUCUUGAGUAUGGAGUGCUUUUUAAAGAGUCUUAAAACUUAUUCUACAGUUAGCAUUUUUUCGUCUGAAGUUUUGCAGUUUCUAUACUUUGUUUCAAGUGUGGGUAUCGAGUUUAUAUGAAUUUGCUGAUUUGAAGCGAUACAGGUUAAACAGUUAAUUUAAAUUACCGGUUAUUGUAAGUAGUAGACAUAGAGAUAUUUGUUGAAAGGUUGAUUCUUCUCAGUUUGUAACCCUUCAUAUACAGAUGUGCAACUAGCUACAGCUUUUACAUUCUAUUUUGUUCUUCCUUCUGACUAUCCAUAAAAAUGCACUGUAUUCACAUUUAAACAACUUUGCAGGUUGUUAAGAAGUUAUUUAGAUUCAUGGUUUUUUACAUUAUGACAGUAGAAAUUCUGACUGGUAUUUGUUUCCUUUUUUUUCUCACUUUGUGUCAAGCUGCAUUUUGAUAGUAAUGAAACGCAACACUUCAAAAGUUACAAGUUAUGUAAAAUUAUGCUGAAUGUGCUGCAUACAUAUGCAAAAAGUUAACAAAUGUUAUUAAUUUAAAAUUAACUGAUUAAAUAAAUGAAGUAUCUUCUGUA